AUGAAAGUCACACUUACAUUAUUAAUUGUCUUGGCCAUUGCUAAUGCUGGUAUGGUUCAAAAAUUCCCCCUUAAAUAUGGUGGUAAAAGAAGCAUUAUGAAUAUUAUGGUUGAAGUAGAAAAUAAAAUUAAAUCCCAUUCACCACUAGAUACAAUUAAAGGAGUUCUUGAUAACUUUAAAUCAGCUGUUUCUGAAGAAUAAGGAACUCAUGAUGAAGUUUAUACAGCUCAAUAAGCUGAAUGCUAAAGUGAAAUUGCUUACAGAAGAGCAGAAGUUGAUGAUGCUCUAAGUACACUCAAAAUUGCCAAUGGAAUUCUUAAGUCAUCCAACAUUUUAUUGAAGAAAACUUAAGCUACACUUGGAGAAACUGAAAAUAUUCUUAAUUCUGUAUCUCUACAUAUUGAUCUUAUUAAUGAUGUCAGAAAAGAAGAUACACAAUCAUACAAUAGAGGAGCAGUUACAUUCAAUGAUGCUAUAAAUGCUAUUGAUGAUGCAAUCGAUCUUGGAGUUUCUUUGGUCAAAGGUGAAGCAAGCUUAAUUCAAGUUGCUGAUAUGACAACCAAAUUGAUGAUGGCUUCAGUUGCCACAAAGAUGAACAAAGCUUUCAUGAUUCCAUUGGCUGCUUUGGCUUCUAUUAAAUAAGAAUCAGAUGCUGCAGGGGCUGCAGAAAGACUUGUUUAAUUAUUAUAAACAUUAAGAAGCAACGUUGAAGAAGCCUGGGCCUCUUAUACAGCCGAAAAUACCAAUGCAAUAGCUUUAUUCACCUAAUAAAAGGAUUUAUAUCUAGAUACUUAAAAUAGACUUGAAUCAUCAAAAUAAUAAUUGGUUAGUAAAGCUGAAAGCCUACAAGGAGUAAUAACAGUUUAAACAGCUAUUUCAUAAGCUGCCACUAAUAAAAAGUAAAGAAACUAAAUCUUAUGGGAUGAUGCAGAAGAUUUAUGCCAUAGUUUUGAUGUGGAAUAUGAAGCUGUUACAGAAGGAAGAAGACAAGAAUUGAUUUUAGUAUAAGAAUUAGAGAGAGCUGUUGAGAGAAGAGCUGCUGAAUAAUAAUGA